UUUGCCGGCAUCGACGUCUCCAAGGACUCCCUCCACGUCCACAUCGCACAGCACCUCAUGGACAACGACGGGCCCUUCCGCGUCUUCUCCUUCGAUCACAAGGGCUUAUCCCUCUUGAAAGCAUGGCUUCUGGAGCACCACGUCCAGCACACCGUCUUCGAGGCCAGCGGCGGCUACGAGAACACCCUCCGCGCCUUCCUCCUCGAGCACCACCUCCCCUGCACUCGCCUCCAGCCCGAGCGCGCUCGCGCUUUCGCGGUUGGCAUCGGCGCCAUCGAGAAGACCGACAAGCUCGACGCCAAAGUCCUGGCGCGCAUGGCCUGCGUUCGCACCCAGCACAAGGAGGUCUUGCGCUCGGAGACUCAGCGCGAGCUGGUGACCUUGAUGGACUUUCGCCUCCAACUUCGCGAGGACCUCACGCGCCUCAAAACGCAACGCCAGAAACAAACCAAUGCCUGGAUCAAGGAGACGCAGGACGAGCGCAUUCGAGACCUCGAAGUCAGGCGAGAUGCGCUCGACAAGCGCAUUCAGACGCUGGUGGAUGGAGACCAAGAGAUGAGCGCGCUGUGCGAGCUGAUGUGCCAGCUCAAGGGCGUCUCGUGUGUGACCGCAUGGAGUCUGCUGGCGUAUCUGCCCGAGCUCGGUGAGCUGAACAAGCGCGAGAUCGCCAAGCUCGUGGGCGUGGCGCCGAUGGCCAAAGAGAGCGGUGACUUUACAGGAAAGCGGAGAUGCUCUCGAGGGAGAGGGAAGGUCAAGGCGUGCUUGUGGAUGGCCUCGCUGAGCGUGGCGACGCAUGAAGAGCCAUUCAAGCAGUUCUAUCAGCGGCUCAAAGAGAAGGGGAAACCGCCCGCGGUGGCUCGUGUGGCGGUGUGUCGCAAGCUACUGACGGCGCUCAACGCCAUCGCUCGCGAUGGGGAGGCCUAUAAACCCGAGCUGCUCAUGCCCAGGCCUGGGUCGCUCGAAAAGGUCUCCUGA